UGAUGGGUCGAGACUCGAAAAAUCGAGCGAGUCGAGUCGAGCCGGCGAAACUAAACUCGACUCGAAAACCGAGUUGAUUAAGAUUGUGUCCUCGAGUCUCGUCAAAGUUUAGUUUUCGGCUCUACCAUAAUGUUGCACAAUUUCCAAUCGUGAAGGUACUUAUCCGAAACCAUGCACUUUAAAAUGAAAUAAAACGUAUUAUUUAGGCCUACCUAGUGUAAAACCUCUGAUCCAACACUGAAAGCCUUGAAAACAAAGUCGGAAGAUAAUUUAUUUUCGAUCGUGUAUAACCGCAAACAGUGCAUCCCAUCCUUCAAUAUGCACUUAAUAUUUCUAAUUGCAACAAAAUACCUUUAUUUAACUAUAAUGGAAUUAAAAAAUGUUCCCUAGAUUCAAUCAUGAACAAGAUCACGUCAGUAUUUGGGUAGCUUUGUAAGUAAAUAAUAUUUACUACUAAAAACUAGUUAGCCGCCAUUUUAACUCCGGGCCAAUGGCCUACGUAAGUCAUCAUACAGCCAGGGAAUGUUGCCACUUUGACAAAUCGAUAUAGACAAUAAUUGAUAUCUCCAACCAGUUUUCCAUGGCCGAACGGAAAAUUGAGGCUGUUGAAGUUUAUGUUUACACUUCAAUGUAAUGUUUACGUCGCCGGCGUCGUAUUAAUCAUAAACGGUUUAUUAUUAGUGGAAUGGAUAUGUUUGUACGGCCUGGGACGUCACAAAGUGACGAACAGAAAACAAGAGCAGAUAUUUGGGAAUUCUUUGAAAAAAUUGAUGGUAAAUAUGUAUUGUACGGAUUAGCGCCAAAAAAAAUCUUACAAAUAUGAAAUAACUUUCAUUAUAUGCUAUCUUACGUCCUCUUUUCAGAACCGCCUGCGGAGAUAAAAAAUUCCAAAUACUUUUGGAGAUAUGGCCGUUCUUAUUUUGCUAUACCAGACGUGUGUAAUAAUUUGACCGUCGCCAUUUUAUAUUUUGCCGUGUGCGCGUGAAUGUCUAAAUAACAUAAAUUUUCCAUUAUGUAAGGUUAGUUACAUUAUAAAUACUUCAAAAUAAACCGAAAUUAAAAAUAAUAUCAAUUUAUUUUACAUGUUGUAUAGUUUUAAGUAUUUAUAAUGUAACUGACCUGACCUAACAAAAUGGGACAAAGGUAGAUUAGGUCAGGUCAGCUACAUUAUAAAUACUUUGAAACUGAACAGACAUUAAAAAUAAUAAAAUUAAUUUUAUUGGUUGUUUAGUUUCAAAGUAUUUAUAAUGUAGCUGACCUGACCUAACAAACCGGGAAAAAGGAUGAACAGAAUAAACUCACGUAAGUUUCUUUUUACAUGAUGUAUUCGUUUACGUGAGAGUCCUAAGAUCCACAUAAAGUUCUGCCAUUCCCGAUUACACCCGAAUAUUCACCUUCGGCCAACCUCGGGAUUUAUUUAUUUUUGCGCAGGAAAAAUGAAUUGAAAUAUUAAAAGUGGUCGGAUAGGUUAGAUACAUUAAAACACUUUAAAACCAUUUGGAUGGUUAGUUAGGUUAGUAUAGCUACAAUAAAAUAAACAGAGAAAUAUUAAUAAAUAAACCCGAGGUUGGCCGAAGGUGAAUUGUUCGGGUGUAAUCGGGAAUGGCAGAACUCUAUGUGCAUCUUAGGUUUCUCCGUUCGGGAACAUCGCAAAAAAAAAAAUGAUACUUGUAAACAAGCAACCGUUAUCGCCGCACGAGUGCACAGGAUGAAAAUUAAAAAAUUUGAUAUCUCCAAAAGUAUUUGGAAUUUCUUAUAUCAGCCGGGUUUAAUGAAAAGAGGAAGUUUAAGAGCACAGAAUAAAGGUAUUUUCGGAUUUUUAAAUUUUUUUUAAAAAAAAAAUCCCCAAAAAAUGAAGAUUAAAAAAUUCGAUAUCUCCUAAAGUAAUUGGAAUUUUUUAUCUCCGCAGGCGGUUCUGAAGAGAGUACGUAAGAUAGAAUAUAAUGAAAGUUAUUUCAUAUUUGUACGAUUUUUUUUGGCGCUAAUCCUUUUAAUACAUAUUUACCAAAUUGAUGAUCAGACAGCUAGAUGCAAGUGCUGCAAAAAAAUUUACAAGACUCCGUCAUCAUCAACUUCAAGUCUGAUUCGUCACUUGGAUGUGCAUUUUCACUUAAAGCGUCAGUAUGAAGACAAAAAAAAAGACAAAAAAUCAAAAUGUGUAGGGCAACCUUCAAUAAUUCAAAGUUUUGAGGCGAAAACAAUGUUGUUGCACGACAGUUCACGCUCAAAAACAAUUACAUCAAAAAUCGCACACAUGCUUGCCUUGGACUAUCAGCCCUUUUCAAUUGUGAAUGAUCGUGGGUUUAGGGAAUUAAUAAAUUUUCUUGAGCCUCGAUACAGUAUUCCAAGCAGGAAGCAUUUCUCAAAGACGGUUGUGCCCAAACUCUACGCAGAUACUCGGGGCAAAGUUGCAGAAUCGUUGCAGUGUGAGCUACAAACUGCUCAGUCUUUCUUAUGGACAUUGGACAUGUGGACUUCUAGAGCACAAGUACCUUUCAUUUCACUGACAGCUCACUACCUCAAUGCAGAAUUCUGUCUCCAAAACAGGACAUUAGAUUGUUCACACUUCCCAGGAGAGCACACUGGUGCUGCAAUCUAUGAGAAGAUCUGUCAUUUAACAGCUGACUGGAAAAUAAGUGCUCUUCUCAUAUCCGUACCAGUUUAUGUUGUUAGUGACAAUGCCAGAAACAUUAAAGCUGCUCUUACUGGCAAACCUGUUGAGCAUUUAUUCUGUGUUGCUCAUACCUUGCAGCUUGCAAUUGAUAAUGCUGUUACACAAGUUGGCAUGGGCAAGAUUUUGAAGAAAUGUCGCUCCAUCGUUGGGCAUUACAAGCAAAGUAGCAAGGCAAGUGAAAGACUCCAUUCACUGCAAUCUAAGUUGGGCUUACCUGAACACUCCCUCUGCCAAAUGGUGGAGACGCGUUGGGACAGUGUUUACAUAAUGUUGGAGCGACUUCAGGAGCAGAAGGAGUCAAUAUCUGCAGAUUUGCCAAACACUGUCAAAGAUAGUCUUACAACACAGGAAUGGCGACUAAUUGAAGGCUACGUUACCAUCUUGAAACCUCUUUUUCUGGCAACGAAAGAGCUCUGCCGAGAAGAUUCCCCCACUAUUUCCAUUGUCCGACCUCUUCUGUUUAGCAUAGAAGGAUAUUUAAAAAACUAUUUGAGUUUACAUUCUGGAGAAUAUGGAAGUGGAGUUACACUGGCAAGGGAACUCUCCAAGUCACUGGCCACUCGUUUUCAGUGUAUCAAAGAAGUACAAACCUAUUUGCUAGCCUCUGUGCUUGACCCACGGUUCAAAUGUGUUGUGUCUGAAAGUCAUGAACAGCUGCUAGCAAAGAAACUGAUAGUUGUGGAGGCCAAAAAAAAGGCAAAGCUGAUGGACCCUCAAGGAAACUACAGAGUUCACAAACCAUCAGCAAACAUUUCUCCACAAGCAUCUACAUCUGCACAUGACCUGUGGGGGUGUUUUGAAAUAAAGUCAGUGGAAACAAAGCCUCGAAUUGAUCAGGUGGAUGUGGUAGAAAAUGAGGUUGAGACAUUCCUACAAGAGUCCGUAAUAAAUAGGACAGACGAUGCCCUGGCGUGGUGGAAAAACAAUAAGACAAGGUUUCCACGUGUAGCCCCUGUAGCCCAACAUUAUUUGGGAAUACCUGCUACAUCAGUAGCCAGCGAGCGGCUAUUCUCAAAAGCAGGUCAAGUGGUGACCGUGAAGAGGCAAAACCUGUCUCCUAAGACAAUUGAGAAAUUGGUCUUCCUCCAUGAUAAUUUGUAAAAACUUGUAGAUAGCAUGGACUAAUGUGAUUUUUGUACAUUCAUCUUGAACAUUUUACUUUUAUAUUUGUAAUGUUAAAUUUAUGUAUCUUAAAUUUAGUGGUCUUUUGAGAAAUUAGAACAAAUUCAAAGAAACUUUAAUUUUACAGGUAAACAUUUUUUCAUAUUUAAUUACAUAUAUUAUAUUGAGAAAUAUUUAACUUAUAUUUAUUUUACUCAUCAUUCUGCCACUUGAACCUCGCUUAGUUUUACUCAUCUCGACAAAUUUCCAUGAGUUCGGCUCGAGUUCGACUCAAAGACAAAUUUCUAUGAGUUCGACUCGAGCUCGACUCGAAGAUAAAUUUCUUUGUUUAACUCAAACUCGACUCGAUGCUGAAAUAGGGUGACUCGACCCAUCACUAAUAAAAGUUAUAGUUAAAAUAAUCUCUUCGUUAAAGUAAUAAACAUUUGAAUUAAUGAGUGCAAUUAAAAGUAAAUCUAUUAAUUAAAUUGUAGAUUUCAUUUCACUCCUUUGUAUCCAUACAAAAUAGUGAUAAUUCAAUAAAAAUGAUUCAAUUUUAUUCAUAAAAGUAGGUAUGCAAUAAUUUCAUCAAUGUUUUGUUAUGACGUCACGUUAAACGAUCGUUCGUAAACCGACUUUACAGACAACUAAUUUUUUUUCUUUAAUGAUUCUUGAGCUUCUUUUACAAAGUUAGGCUCUCGCGCCUUUAGUCUUCGUGUAAUUAAUGGAUCUGCUAUCUCUGGAAGCAAGCACUCCGCAAAAAAUUGUUGUAGCUUUGAAAGCAUGAAUUUUUCCGAAAUUUCUUUGUCGAACAAGAUUCUUUCAUCAUGGAAGUCAUUUUUCGUAUAAACUACAAAGUCGUAAUAUUUUCUACUGCAGACUCCAAGUUGUCCUUGAAUCUGGUAAUAAAAAAAUUGGUGGGUUUUCUUUAGACGCAAACCUCCAAGUUUUUCUUCGAUACACGUUGUCGUGUCCUGGGGGCCGAUUCUUGACGCUACCGGAAUAAUUCCGCUACCGGAUUAAUCCGCGAGUUUCAUUCCGGUAGAGAGUAAAAAACCAAUUCUUGAAAUUGCUGUAGUAGCUACCGGAAUCAACAUUGUCGGGUCAACGAAAAGUCUUUACGGAAGUGUGGCAACGUUGCUUUAACUGUUGACGUCACUGGUAGAAGGCCAAUCACAAUGAGGAAAUUUAAAUUUCCCGUGGAAGUGGAUGAAUACUGAAUGUUUUGUUUUGUUUACUCUUUGCAAAUAUCCUCGUGUUGGUAAAUAUCCUCGUACUUAUCAAAUUGAAAUGAGCUGUAAAGUUACGGCCGAACAACGGGAAAUUUUGCUAUCAUUCAUGGAAAAAAAUGAUUCUUUGUCCAGAGGAAAAUUUAAUCCUGAAUUUACCAAGAAACGUGCUGAUAGUUUGUGGCAAGAAUUUUAUUAAAAUUUACAAUUCUUAUCCCUUAAAAGUACUCGUUUUUUAGUUUAUUGUUUCUGCUUACUUGAUAGAAUUUAAAAUUCUUAUCACUUAAAAGUAAUCGUUUCUUAGUUUGUUUCUGCUUACUUUGCCGCAACUUUUUAUGUUAGUGUAAAAUUUGAGGUGAAAAUAAAUUUUAUGCGGUGUUUCUUGAUUCAGCAAACAAUUGUCAAUGUGUACAUUAAGAUUUUUAUAACUGCAAGUCAAUACAAAAUUAUAACAUUUUAUGAACAUCAUCUGGCAAUUAUCUCAUGGUGCGGGGGGAAAUGGGUAAAAGUUCCGUAUUGCGUAUCCAAGUUAACCUGUGAUCCUGUUGGCAUGAUCCUGUACACCUGAUCCUGUGGUACAUAAUGCUUAUUUUUUUAGCAGUGGGCAGGCGCGUAGCGCCGACGCAUUUCGCGCGACAGCGCGAAAUCUGAAGUUAUUCCAACUGAUGAGAAAGAUAAGCAUCAUAGAACACAGGAUCAGGUGUACAGGAUUAUGCCAUUAGAAUCAAAGGUAUAUCUAGAUACACCUGGAUAAGCAAAACGGAACUUUUACCAAAGUUUGUAAUUGUUUGGUGUAGGGGCUUCUUGAAAACAAUCUUAUGAAUUUAUCAACAUAAUCUUUCAACUAUAUCUUCUUUAAUACUACUUGUGUGGGUUUUCAUCGGUGUGUGUUGUUUUCAAUCAUAUUAUUUGCGUGGUAGGAAUGUUGGCUCUGUUUGCAAGAUAGGGAAGGGUAAAUAGGAUAACCUUUAUUUUCACAAUCACUUAUCACUGUGGAAAAUUCAUAUAUAAAUGGACUCAUUUCGAGUACUUUUCAAUUAUUCCGGGAUGGAUGUACUUUUAACGAAUACAUGUGCAUAAUCUAACUACCACUAUAGUUUUGUUCCAUCAAAACAUGACACACAAUCGCAAUAUUUGGUGUCAAAAACGAAUUACGUAAUAUGGAAACUACGUUACCGGUAUUGUAUUUAUCACAAUACACGUCAAAUAAGCCACAAAUUUAUACACAGCAAAAAUUGCAAUGUUUUUUAUGCUAAGUAGGUACAAUAUUAAGUACUUAAUGGAAGAUGGUAAAUAUAACUUUCGUAACGUAAUAUUUAAAUACCUGCCAUUGCAAAUCACACAAACAAAAAUGUAAUACUUAAAACAUUAAAUAUUAGUUAAAUUGUUACAAAAGUUUUCUCGCCACGCACACACGAAUUUUGAAGGUUAAAAGCAUCACAUGGCGUAUUUUUAUCUGAAUAAUCACAUAACAUAAUGAGACGAAUAAGUUAUUUCUGGUUUUAAAUGAAGUAUUAUAAUAUAAGUAUAUAAACACACGCAUUAUUAAACGAGAUUUAAAUGUAGCUAACCUAAACUAACCAAACAUACAAACGAUUUAAAAAAAUUUCAGAACCAUACCAGAGACUCCAUUUUGGACAAAUCAUGGUUUAAAAUAACAAACAACGUUUAAAUCUCUACCAAAAUUGUGAUUCCGCCAGCUCACGAGGUGGCGGAAUAAUUCCGGUAGUUUGUGACGUAAUUCCGAUACAUAAUUCCGCUAGCGAGUGUUCAAGAAUAGGGUUUAGCAAAUCUCUGGUGGAAUCAAGUAAUUCCGCUAGCGGAAUUCUUCCAGCAGCGUCAAGAAUAGGGCCCCUGCAUUUGGCCUCGGCCCCCUUGUGCGAGUGCUGCAUGCUCCUCCCUGAAACGAACAUGGCUGCCCCAGACACCGCAGGGUAUUUUUUUUACCUAAUCUCUAUGCCUAAGCUAGUAUCCUGUAAGAUGGUGAUGCACCUGGCGCCGAUAGAUGGCGCCUGCUGCAGAAUGUAAAUAAGUGGGAUUCAUUGUGGCAUUACUCAGGGAAGGAGUGGGCUGCCGCUUGUGUUGGGAGCAUCCCGUGAUUCAGAAUUCAACAUAUUACCAGGACAGUCAGUGACAUAGUUAUGGACUGGCGGAAACAAAUCUAUGUGCUUCACACAAAGAAAGGCAGUGUGUGUCCAAUUGUACCAAGAAAUGACAUGCGCACCACACGCAUGUAUGCUGGCAGCUCAUUUAGUUUAUAUUUCUAUUAAACCUAAUUAUAUCUAAUUUAAGGCCCCCCCCCCCCCCCUCACCGGCAGCGUCCCUAAUAUUUUUCACACAACCGCAAGCCUACGAUUGCGUAGAUGCUGAGGCUAGGGCCUCGCAAUUAAGGACUGGAUAAUUUCCCUAACCGACUUCGGUCAACCUGAGGGUCUGUCCACUCCUGAGUGUAGGUCCGAUGCACCAGCUCGUGACAGUUCACUUAUACACACUCCGUAACCUACGAUUGCGUAGAUGCCGAGGCUAGGGCCUCGUGAUGGACUGGACAAUUUCACUAACCGACUUCGGUCAACCUGAUGCUCUGUCCACUCCUGAGCGUAGGUCCGAUGCACCAGCUCGUGACAGUGCACUUACACACACCCUGUAGCCUAAGAAUGCGUAGAUGCUGAGACUAAGGCCUCGUGAUGAAGGACUGGAUAAUUUCCCUAACCGACUUUGGUCAACCUGAGGCUCUGUCCACUCCUGAGUGCAGGCUCGAUGCACCAGCUCGCGAAAAAGCACAAUUAAAUUAAAGCUACCAACUAAACAUAUUUUAAAAUGUUUAUUUUAUGUUAAUUUAAUGUUUCUUUACAUUAGCUUAAAUUCAACCACGUAUACGAAUUUUCCCCUUCUUAACUUAGUCUAGGCUGGCUGGCAGCCUGGUAGGAAACGACAAAGUCGCCCCCGAAACUACCAGUGCCACCAAACCAAAUGCGGACAAAAUGUCCAAGCUCCCGCCCAUUUGCAUAGUAGUCCUUCUAUUCCAUCCAACUCUUCUUCCAGAACUAUCAUUCUGUUUCCUGUAACCAACCUGCUUGUAAUUAAUGCAUGCAAUUUUGCAUCCCACAUGUCAGUGCCCAGGGUUUUCCCUGUGUCUAUGCAGGUUUUACCUGGGCCCAACUUAUCUAGUUUUAACUUAGAAUAGUCAGUGAGGGGAGUUAGUCAUGGCUAAAACGUUGCCAUGGCUGGCCAAUCCUCUCCUAGCACAUGAUACAUGCUUCCUCUCCUGCAUGGUUCAUAACCUGCAUGCUUAGAGCGUAUAGGCUUCGGCCUGAGACACACUUAGUCUUCCCUACCCAGACCCCUCCCAAAUACACUUAGUAAUUAGGUUAGGGAAAAAAAAAAAGCAGAGACCCUUACCUCAGUGAAAUCUGGGACAUGCCGUGGUACCUAGUAAGUGUAAUUUAUAAAUUUGCCGCCACUCCCGCUGCCUGUUUAAGUUUUUGAGUGAUUAUUAGUCUGAAAAUGAUCUCAGGGGCAAAAACGGGGAUUCGGCCUCGUUGCUGCAGGCAGGAGCGCGUCGCGGUUUGAAAACUACCCGGGCUGUUUAGGCCACCCAGGACGCCUUGGAAAUAAACAGUAAACUGAUUGAAAAGACACUGCACUUUAUUAAGAACGUUACACCUGCUUGUCCAACGCCUGGCCGCGUCUGUUGUCUGACUGUCGCUGCACAAGAGAUUCUAUACGUUGACGAUGUGCGCGAACAGGAUAGAUGGCAAAAUUGUAUGUAACGAUUUAUCCUGUGGUCGUUGCCGACGUGAAGGAUGGGGCAAGCUAUCGCGGAGCUGAUACGCUGCAAUGAUCUAUGCAGUGAAUGACGUUCAUAUGUAACACAGCACUAUAAUUAAAUGUUCGUAAAGGUAUUUGCAAUCUAACCUACUACAAGGUGCGAAUGCUUCGAAAUGUACGUAAGCCCGGCUAGAUGAGAACAUAUAUGAGACACAGUCACUUAUUACAGUUUAAAACAGUUAUUACUUGGUUAGAUUGCAAGACGUAAAUUACACGGUUAAAUAAGCUAAAUUGUAAACACGUAGAUUAGAGAGUUAGUACAUGACACACGAGGCUUGCUAGGAGCUCUUGAUGAAUAAUGAUUCGCUGGCUUCGAAGCCUGGAAACUGCAUAUGACUCAAGUUUGCUGUCCGAAUGCUCAGGACGUGAAGAUUACAUAGUAUAUUAAAUAUCCCUAUGGGAUUAAAUGUAUUCAGUUAAGAGUCGCACGAAAAGACGUACGACUGAGUGGGAUCGGGCGCAGAGCUAUUAAAAAGGAUUUGAAGAAACUUACAACCAUUGCGAUGACCUGGACGUGGCGCGAAAUCUGUAGGCUCUGCGUUCGCGGAGCUACCGACCCCUGUGAGCUCCCGACGGCAACUGAGCGCGAGGGAGCCGCGCGACCUCGCGCCAAGACACGUGAAGCGCGGGAAAACAGCUCCGACCAGUUUUGGACUUAAAUGAUAUAUUUGAUAAUACAUGAUUAUUUAACAAAUGCAUAUAAUUUUCAUAUAAUUUUAGUAUCUUUGAAUUGUUAUUAAUUUGGUUGUUUUAAAAUAAUUACAGAUUUAAUUAUCAUUAGCGCAUUGCCACACCCGGCCGGGCGCUGUAGUCGACUUGGUGUUCGUCGCGGUGCACUUUCAAUCACUCGGUGAACAUCACGCUCGGGCGUGUUCGAUGCACUUACGAGUAGGUGUUGUUGGGACGUAAUGGCCUGUGCGAACCAGAGGGAGCACCAGCGUCAAAUCCCCCCCCCCUCCACCCCCCAACGAGGCCAUUAUGCUUAACAACACCACUCAUCACACACAUGGAAGUGGUGCACUGGCUCGUCGCACUAAGGGAGUUAGAGUGGGUGUGGCAUACCUAGUGAGUGUGUUUUUAUAAUUGAAUUAAUGGUGGUUCUGGCAUGACCCAAUUGUAGGGCGAAAGUAGGGAGUUUUGCAUGGUUUCGUUUGUACUCAACUGCGAGCCUAUCAAUGGAUUGAAAAGUGGAUGUAAGCCCUCCCUUGGCAUAGUUGGUGGUAGCCCCGUCGUCCCUUGGGACUCCGCCGCCGUGAUGUGACCCAGAAAGUAGUCCCUGAAAUGGGCUGGUAAUUGCGGAACGCGGUGUGAUACUCUAGUUGGAGGUUGUGUUGGUUCUGCCUGAUCAUGUCGCCUUUCGUGGUGUGCAUUAGUCGGCUCCUGGACGCUCGCAUCUCCUUGAUACUGUGAGAUAUCUGUGAUGUAAUCCUGCAGAUGAACUGGGGGGGUGCCGUACCCGCCUGGAAGGGUUGGUGUUAGCAUUUAAUGUGGUGUCACUAGUAUUGAUAUCCAGAAUGGCUUGACUACCCCUCCUACCAUUGUCCCUGGCAUUAUCGUCCGCGCGCGCUUCCCCAGGGCCUGGUGAGCCGUUCGCUAGCGGCUGUUGCUGCGAGCAGCAUGUGCGGUUGGCGUCAAAUGUACUGUAUGACAAAAUAAUAUUGUCUUUGCUUACAUGUUUCAGACUUGCAAUGGGUGAAUAUCUACAUUCAAUGACUGGAAAAUAUAAUACAAAUCCAUGUGGAAAGCAGUACAGGCCACUGAACAAAGAUGUUCUUCAGCAAGUAAUUGAUGCAGUUCAGAAGGGGCUUGGUUUAAGGGAGGCAGGAAGACAAUUUGACAUUCAUUUUACCAUAAUCGGCAGGUAUAUAAGGAAAAAAAUUAUCAAUCAACAAGGUGGACAAACAGUUCUCUCAAAAGAAGAUGAAGAUAUAAUAGUGGACAGGAUUUUGACUUGUGCAAAAUGGGGAUACCCUAUUGAUCUUUUUGACCUAAGAGUUAUUGUCAAAGGCUAUUUGGACAGACUGGGACGAACAGUACCAAAAUUUAAGGACAAUAUGCCUGGCCCAGAUUUUGCAGUAGGUUUUGUCAAAAGGCAUAAAGAUAUUCUCGCACCUAGAACAUGCCAAAACAUUAAGUGGUCAUGAGCAGCCACAUCUUCUGAAGAUAUAAAUUCAUAUUUCGAUCACCUGGAAAAAUCCCUGGAGAAUGUGCCACCAGCAAACAGUGAAUUUUGGUGAAACAAAUUUGAGUGACGACCCAGGAAAGAGAACUAUCAUCACUAAGUGAGGCUGCAAAUAUCCCGAACGAGUGAUGAACUCAACAAAAUCAUCCACAUAUAUAAUGUUUGCUGCCUCGGGAGAUGGGGUACUUCUUUCAUGUUAUGUGGUAUAUAGAGAAUUGAAUUUAUACUCAUUGUGGGAAGGAGGAGGACCAAAAGGAACCAGGUAUAACCGAACGGCAACAGGUUGGUUUGAUGGCACAACUUUUGAUGAUUGGGUGGCUACAAUUGCGGUCCCUUAUUUGAAGAAAUUAAAUGUAAAGAAAAUCCUUAUAAGGGACAAUUUGUCAUGUCACCUAUCUUUCGUUUCAAUCAAACUGUGUAGAGACAAUAAUAUUGAUUUUGUU